AUAACAUUACUUUGAUAAUGUUUUAAAAACAAGAAUAUUUUAAUAAAACACCCGUCAUGUUGUGGUUCCCAAUCACAUGGCCGAUUCAUUAAUAUUUUGUCAGAAGGACUUUUAAUUGUAAACCAUAGUUCAACGGGUUUUGAGGCAGCGCGAUUAAUGGGCGGAAUUAAAGAAGCAAAAAAAGGAGAGGGAUGUGUGAAAACCUUGUCGUUUAAACCAAAAGGAAGUAGCAGUGGUGGGAGCGAUUGGGAUGACGGUGUUUAUUGUAACAUCAAAACGUUGGAAAUUCAAUUUGGAGGAAGGUGUAUUGAUGCCAUUCGGUUCCAAUAUGAAGACAAAUAUGGUAAUUCAGUUACGCCUCAAAAACAUGGUGGAAAUGAAGGCAAACGAAUCAUUCAGGUUAGAUUGAAUUGUCCAGAUGAGUAUCUUAUUUCAAUUCACGGGUACCAUGGCGACAUAUACGAUCGAUUUGGGAAUCCAACCCACGUGAUUCGGUCGUUAACUUUCGAAACCAAUGAACAAAGUUUAGGUCCGUAUGGGAUUGAAGAGGGAAUCAAGUUUUCGUUCCCAACCACUGGACUCAUCAAGAUUGUUGGAUUCCAUGGCAGGUCUGGCUGGUUUCUUGAUGCAAUUGGAUUCCACUACCUUCCCAUAUCCAUUUCAAAAUGAAUAUGCAUACACACUCUCUUUUAUAUAUACAUAUUUUUUCUUGUUUUUGUUUCAAUUCAAGUCUCUGAUGUGUACCAAAACAUUUUUAGAAAUUUCUUGAAAUUGGCUUUGUAAUAAAUUUGCAUCAUAUUGCUAAAUCUAUCGUAAAAACCAUAAACCUUAUCAUUAUAAUGUUUGUUGAAAAGUAGAAUUUUUUAAUAUUUUUUACCUAUAACUUCCCCUGCUUCUCCCUUUCUC